AUGAAACUGAUGACUUUAGUGCAAGGAAUGUGAGAGAUAGAUAAUAAUGAUCCAGUAUGUCAUGUCAAAAGUUUAUUGUGGAGCCGCACUAUGGUUGAAAUAGAGGUAGAUAUCCUGAGUUGUUUGGAAAGUAGUAUUAUUGGAUUAGCUAAAAGUUACAUUGUUCUUUAUAGGUGGAGUUAAUCCUGAGCUUUUUGCACCAUACAUGAUGAAAAAAGCUGUGUACAACGUAUUAAGGGGCAUUCAGCAUAAUAUUUCUUUUGAUAAAGAGCAUAAUAUUACCUUUCAAGCGUCCAGGCUAGAACUCUCACUCUCCAAAUCCCUAUAUCUGUAAUAGCUUCAAAUUGUUCCCUUUCCUUCUGCCAAAAAUAUGGACAACCUCUUGUGAUUGAUUUGAAAAGCCCAUCCAGCACCAGGGAUAAACUUAGGUUUGAUAUACGUCACAAGUACUAGGGCCUCGAGCUGAAGUCCAAAUGCUUCAUAGGGCGUAGAUUCUCUCUCUUUUGUUCCUGUUCUUCCUAACUGGUUGACUUUACGACAAGAAAGCCAGUGAUAGGAGUCACAAGCUGUUUGACCCCAAGGCAACCCAAAACAAAAUAAAAUAUUUUCUCAUAGAAACUUUAAAUAAAUCAAUGUAAUCAGAUGCAGCCAAUUCAUAUUAUUCUUUAUCCGUAUGUUAUAUAUAUAUAUACACACACUAGCGAUUGUGGAGCAGCAGAGAAAGGGGAGUGAAGGGAAAUCGUGCCCUCAGAGAUUCUACAGCCGUUUUUUUGUGAUCAUGGCGACGUUGGGCGGGUCAAAAGCCACCCCUAUAUCCGCAUACCCGUCCAAAUAAUAAUCAUUAUUAUUUCCAGAAGAUCUUAGGCUCGUGACCAGCGCUUAUGCUUUUACCCAGGGGAACUUUCCCUCUCUCUCUCUCUCUCUCUCUCUCUGCGUGUGUGUGUGUGUGUGGGGGUGUUGCUUUAAACUCUACAGUCUCCCAACAAUAUUUAUUGAACCCUUGAGAGGGGUCGUGGAGGGGAGAGACAGACUGAUGGAGUGAGAGAAGGCUGAGUUAUGACUGCAGUGCGAAUUUUGAUCUCUAGCUGCUGAGGGUUAGGCAAGGGUGGUGGAAGUUUUCAUAUCCUCAGAUACUGUUUAGCUUCUUUCUUUGAUAUUUCAGAAGAGGAGAAGCCCACUUGAGAAGGUGAGAGGAAGGAAAAUGGGGACUUGUGGAAGGAAUGGAGCAGUGAGGCAGUACAUAAGAUCCAAAGUUCCUCGCUUGAGGUGGACACCGGAUCUCCAUCACUGCUUUGUUCAUGCCAUUGAAAGGCUUGGAGGCCAAGACAAAGCCACACCUAAGCUUGUUCUUCAGCUGAUGGAUGUGAGAGGGCUAACUAUUUCCCAUGUAAAGAGUCAUCUACAGAUGUAUAGAAGCAUGAGGAAUGACAUUGGCAAGCAAGGUUUGCAACAGACUCAAGAGAAGAAACAUUCAUGUGAAGAUUCUCAUGGUGGUGCUCGUGAGCAAAAUGAUGAUACUCUUUUCUCUUCUUUGAAACCUCAAAAGGAAUUCCAGCCUGAGUUGAUGUUCUCUCCUCUUCCCAUGAAAAGGAGCCGAAUGGAGGCCCAUGCCAUCUCCAGUAGCUUGCAAUGCAGCAAAGGAAUCUGUGAGACGGUCACCUCUCAGUACUCUUUUGAUGAUUAUUUGCAAGCCAUGGCAGUGAAAAGGGGAAUAAAGGAGGACUUAAGAUGGCAGAAAGAUGGCAUGGAAACAGGGUUCUUGGCAGGUGAUCAGCUUUCCGAGGACAAAGCGCAGGGGCAUAUGGAAGAAGACACUGACCCUUUUAAGGUAUUCAAACUAGAUGACCAACUUCUCAUGCCUCAUAAUACCAGAAAGCUCAAGUCCAAGGAGAAUGAUGAGAAAAGAUGCCAAUCUUGUGUGUCACUAUCAUCUUGUGAUGAUCAUGGCAUGAAGAAUGAGGAAGUGGAUGAUUGCUCAUUGACGUUAUCCUUACCCAUGCAUCACAAUCACAAGACUAAUGCUUCAUCUGCAAGCGAAAGCAGAUCCAUCAUCUCAUCAUCUUUAGCUAGAAAUUCUGAGGAGUGCUCAGUUUUCUUAAACGGGCGGGGCUUAAAUUUGGAUCUCUCCAUGUCAAUAUGUGGUUCUUAGACUCGGAUCAUUGUAAUUUCUUUUCUUUUCAUUUUUUGUUGUAAUGAGAGAUUUUGAUACUGUUUCACACUCUUAUGUCCUUGGAAUCUUUCAUUCAAAUAUGUGGUUGUCUA